UUAUGUUAACUAUACGUAACUAAGCGCAGUUAACAGUUUUAGCUUUUUAAUAAGGGAGUGAAAUUGAACUAUCUUAUUUAUGCUAAUUAGUUAAAAUAUUUGAUUAAGUAUUGUAACAAGUCAACUUCCGCAGUAGUAGUCAGUGCUUAUCAUUUAAACUAUUUUCGGCUAUGAAUCGUAGUCAGUCUUCUCAUUGUGAACUUGCACUGAAAUAUGGACUUCAGCACAAUGUUUCUGAUGCAAGUUUGCCUCCUAAAUUGGAAGACAUUAAAAAGCAGCUCAAAGAAGAAAUACGUAAAGAAUUAAAGAUAAAAGAGGGUGCCGAAAACUUAAAGAAAGCGACAACAGAUAAAAAAGCUCUAUCAAAUGUUAAUACUAUUGUUAAAGAGGCUAACAACAAACUGCAUGAACUGCAACAAGAAUUGCAAGAGAUUCAAGCCUACAUGUUGAUUUUCCAAGGCCAAAGUCCAGAUAUAAAUUUUUCUGAGAGUUGUGUCAUAUCACCUAAUAAAUAUGAACAACAGCUGGAAAUUCCAUUGUCUGCAUCAGGGCAAAGGCUUAAAUCUCUUGAAAAGCAGCUUAAUAUUGAACAAAAGGUGAAGAUAGGGGCAGAAAAUAUGAUUGCUAUGUACAGUUCUGGAUCAUCGAAGGAUAAAAAACUUUUAGCUGAAGCACAACAAAUGUUAGCAGAUUCCAAAGCAAAGAUUGAAUACAUUCGCAUGAUGAUUAAUAAAGUAAAGCAUGAUAGUCAUGUAGAUGGCAACGCCUUUGGUAAUGAAGGUGCAGCUAAACUUCCUGAGAUAAUGUCUCCUCUUGAAUUGCGAAUUGAAGAGUUGCGUCAUAGACUGAAAGUAGAAUGUGCUGUUCUUGAAGGUGCUAAAAAUGUCAUAAGGUUACUACAAAGCUCAAAACUUACUGACAGAAAAGCUUUACACGAGGCUCAAAAUACUUUGUUGGAAUCGAGUCAGAAGCUUGAUCUUAUUCGCCGAUCAAUGGAAAUUAGAAAAUUGGAACUACCUCCUGAUUCUCCUAAAUUAGAUGUUCUGAAAUGCGAAUUGGAAUGUAGUCAAGCAACAAGUCCUGUCCUUUAUCCGUCCACAAUUCAUCCACGUGGUACAAAAGAUGCAUCUAUUCAGCCUUACAGUACAUCUCUUUCUAAGCCUGCUACUGUCACUGGUAAACUGGAAGUCAGAUUAAUGGGGUGUCAAGAUUUACUUGACGAUGUUCCUGGUCGAUUACCGAGAAGAGAUCAAGGCCCUCAUAUGUCAAGCCCUGCAGAUUUGCGUAGUUUUGUGCGUGCUACUGGUAAAGGUUUGACUGGGCGUGGCUCUUCAAAAUCGUACAGUAUUAAAGAAGAAACUUCAAAUGAAAUAAUGGCAGUUUUAAAGUUAGAUAACACUACAGUUGCUCAAACCACUUGGAAACCAUGUAGCCAACAAGCUUGGGAUCAAAGAUUUAGCAUAGAUCUUGAUAGGUCUAGAGAAUUAGAAAUUCAAGUAUAUUGGCGAGAUUGGAGAUCAAUGUGUGCAGUUAAAUUUCUUCGUCUUGAGGAGUUCAUUGAUGACAACAGACAUGGCAUAGCUCUCCAUUUAGAACCUCAAGGUCUUUUAUUUGCUGAAGUGAAAUUUUUGAAUCCUAUGAUAUCAAGAAAACCUAGGCUUCAGCGUCAAAGAAAAUUAUUUAGGCACAAAGGCAAAAACUUCUUACGUCCUGGACAAAUGAAUAUAAAUGUAGCAACAUGGGGUCGUUUAAUGAAAAGAGCAAUGCCACAAAAUUGUUCAGAACAGCCAGCAACAAUAAGUCCUCCUUGCCUAAUGGCAAACACCUCUAAUAAGUCUCGGCCUUUAGAAAACAUUGUCAUGAAGUUAGAUUUCGAAAAUACACUCAAAGAGGAUGAUCAAAUUGACAACCAAACAGAUCGUAGGCAUUCAACUGAUCAAGGAUCUGCUCUUUUGGAAUUAGACAUAAAGUCUGCUCUUGGAGAAUUCGAUUUUCUGAGAUAUGAUAAUGAUCUUCUUGAAUCAGAUCGAUUCCCUCACAUCAAAGAGUGCAUUUCUGAAACUGAUUUGAUUAUUAAUAACCGAAUUCGUCAUUCACCUACUCCUGAGCCUUUAGUGGAAAUGCCUGAAGAUGAACAAGCACUUGUAAAUGCUAAACUUCCUCCACCUUCACUGGAAGUUGAAUGUGUGAAAACUGGACUUUCUCUUGAAAACUUCCAAUUCAUUAGUUUGCUGGGUAGAGGACAUUUUGGAAAGGUCAUUUUGAGUAAGUUUAAAAACACAGGGGAGUAUUUUGCAAUUAAAGCUUUAAAGAAAGGUGAUAUAAUUGCACGAGAUGAAAUUGAAAGUUUAAUGGCAGAAAGAAGAAUAUUUAAAAUUGCUAACUCCAUACGUCAUCCCUUUUUAGUUAACCUAUUUGCCUGCUUCCAAACACAGACUCAUGUUUGCUUUGUAAUGGAGUAUGCUUGUGGUGGAGAUCUAAUGAUGCAUAUUCAUACUGAUAUAUUUCCUGAACCAAGAGCUGUAUUUUAUGCUUCAUGUGUUGUCCUGGGCUUGCAAUAUUUACAUGAAAAUAAAAUAAUUUAUAGAGAUCUGAAAUUAGAUAACCUUUUGCUGGAUUCAGAAGGUUAUGUUAAAAUAGCUGAUUUUGGUCUGUGCAAGGAAGGAAUGGGUUAUGGAGAUCGAACUGGUACAUUUUGUGGAACGCCUGAAUUCUUAGCUCCUGAAGUGUUAACUGAAACUUCUUAUACCAGAGCUGUAGAUUGGUGGGGUCUAGGUGUUUUAAUCUAUGAAAUGUUGGUUGGAGAGUCCCCUUUCCCAGGUGAUGAUGAGGAAGAAGUGUUUGACAGCAUAGUUAAUGAUGAAGUUCGUUAUCCCACUUUUCUUUCCCUUGAAUCAAUUGCAAUAAUGCGCAGGUUGUUGAGGAAAAAUCCUGAGCGACGUCUUGGUGCUAGUGAACGGGAUGCUGAAGAUGUGAAAAAGCAGGCUUUUUUCCGGAAUAUUCAUUGGGACGACCUUUUAAUGAGAAAAGUGAAACCUCCUUUUGUUCCUAUAGUGAAAGGAGCAGAGGAUGUUAGCAAUUUUGAUGAAGAAUUUACAUCUGAACGUCCUGUCUUGACUCCACCGAAAGAUCCUCGUCCUCUUACUAAAGAUGAUCAAGCUCUCUUUAAUGAGUUUGCUUACAUGGCUGAUUGGUGUUGAUCAUAUUUUUGUACAGCCGUAUCAUGUAUAUAAUCGCAUUGCCUUUAAUGCAAAUCACCUCCGUCCUCUCAUGUUGAGGUUCAUACAAAAAAGUUCCCCAGUGCCUUGGGGAAAUUUCUAUACUUGCAGCUAAUAAAGCUGCUUACGUAUUUGGUCUCACUAAAUAGUCAAAGGCAGCAGAUUUUGUAUCAAAUGAUUAACUCAGUGUUCUAUAUUUGUUGCCUCAUGUGGAAUUGAGUAAAAGAAUGUGAUACAACACCUUCUCAAUCUAAAAUUACAACAGAGACUGUGCCAAAAGCCGUAGGAGCUAUGCCUUCUAGCUUUGCUAUUUGUGUAAGUCUGUAUGUGUCUGAUCAUGUAUUGCAUUUUGUCUGAACCUUACUUUUCUUAGGGAGAUGAACCAUAAGUGUCUUCAUAUUGCAGUUCUCUAUUUUCAGUAUCUGUAUUGUGAUCAAAAACUGCUCAAUUAUGAAGCUGCACAUUAGGAAAAAAAAUCUCGAAAGUGAAUUGUUAUUGUUAAGCUUUGUAAAUUUUUAGAUUGAAUUAUGUUGUGAAAAGCCGAUUUGUGUGAAUCUCCGUCCUCUAAUACUGAAAAGUCAUUUAUUGUGAGUUUAAAUUUCAAAUUGGAGUUACUGUGUAGUAAACUUUAAAGGCUGUUUUCAUUCAAUUUAACAGUUUUUAAUUUUUCAUUUUUAAUAGGUAGUAGCAAAAUAUUUUAACUGUAUUUAAGUUUGGAAACAGUUUUAAAAUUCUAUUUUAGUCUGGAAAAUUGUAAUGUGAUUGAAUGCGUUAUUGAUUACUUGUUAUAUUGAGAAAAAAAACUAAACCUUGUGAUUGUUAAUGAAUUCUACAUUUUAAAAUUGCUUAUUUACUAUUGACUGUUUUAGAACAUUCGCUAGUUUGCAUUUUUUUGUUUUUUUACGAAAAUUAUCUUUAUUAACUGAUCACAGUAAAGGAAAAAAAGCUGUUUAAAUGCGUACAAUAAGAUAAAAUUUUUAACGCUGACUAAACUUCUCAUUGAAAAAUAAUUCAAAUUUAGUAGGUUUUCGUAAAAUUAUUAAGGUAUGUAUUUUUUUACCAUUACUUUUAAGACUCUUGUAACAAGUACUUAUUUGAUUUUACAUAUUGAAAACAUGUACUUAAAUAUAGGUGGUUGCUUAACUAAUAUAGAAUUUCACAAUUUAUAAUUUUUUAUGCACGUUGUCUCUCUGUAGGAAGUUUUAAUGUAGUUUUGUAAUAAAAUCAGCUAUUUAUUGUUUCUGUAGUUUGUGCAGUUAAGAAACUAACAUCAAAUUAUACAUUUUUUUUUAAUAUUUAUUUUUGUAUGCAUUUUCGGUUUUCGCUUUCCAUCAUUUCAUCUUCUGUCCAUUAAUAAAAUGAACUUAGUUACUAAAGUUUUUAUUUGAGACUCAGAUUAAUAAAAUUUUAAUCUGAAAUCUUAACUAUAUUUCAUCAGUCCCCACUAUUCUGAUAAUGUUAAUCAUAUCACUAUAAUUUGAAGUGAAAGUGCAUAAUUUUGUAUCUCAUAUUUAUUCUAGAUAAAGGAAAUGAAAUUACUAACCUUGUUUUGAAAAUAUGUGCAUAAACCUACUUUUUAAUUAAAAAAAAUAUGCAUACCAAUUUGUUUUUUUUAACACUUAGCUUUUUUGUCAAAGUUGCCUAUGGUUUAGUGAAUAUUUUCUUCCUGUCCAAAAUUAGAUUUUAUGUGUUUAAAUAUCCUUCAGAGUAAUUUAUAUUUUUUAUAGUUCUCUCUUUUUGACGUCCAUUACCCUCCUUCCAUGUAAAAAAAAAAUGUUAAACCUGUAUAUUGCUUCAAAUAUUAUUGCUCUACCAAGUAUUUUUUUAUUUUUAAGUUUAUAACGAGAAACGUUUUUUAUUUAUUUUAGAGUUGUGGGACUUAAUUUUUUUUUCUUAAUGAAUUCAAAUAUUAGCUUUUUUUGUCAUUAUAAAUGUGUCAUGCUUUGUAGGAAAACAGUUUACAGUGGUGGCAAUAUUUUUUAAAAGAAAUUGCAGAAAUCAAAAAAAACAUUUGACUUUAUCAUAAAAAUCUACUGAUUGCAGUAAAUGUAAUAUCUAUAUACCUGGGCUCCCAUGGAUCUAGAAGAACAGGAAAUACCUGGAAUUGUCAGGGAAUUUUAUUUUACCUCUUAAAAGUGGAAAAUAGUAAAAAAAAAGUGUUUUAUUUUAAUUUUAAAAAAAACUGGAAAACUCCUUAAUUAUACUAGGAAAAUAACUGUCUCACAAUUAAGUCAGUUGUUGAGAUUAGCAUUAAAUAAUUCUAACAUCUUCUAAAAAUUUCACAUUUUAGUGAAACUUCCAUGAUUCUAUCCUCAUUAAAUUAUAUUUCUUUGCCCACAAAAUCUAAUAUUUGACGUAACAAAAUCAACAAAAAUCAAAAUUGACAAAAAAACAAAAACAAAAGAUAACAAAGUUGUUUGAUGAAAAAUUGCAUGGUAUAGAUAAAGUAUAGUUAGGAUUUUCAUUGAAAUUUUCCUGAUAUACCUGGAUAUGUCAAGGAAUUUUUUUCCUAAAAUUAAGAGGGAACUUCUGUUUUAUAUAUNUAUAUAUAUAUAGAAUCAUGCCUACUUAUAUUCAUGUUUACUUUUUUAAAAAUUAAUAAGAAUUCAAUAUUACAAGAAUUUAGAUUAAUUCUGUCAGCAUCUAGCUUAAACAUAAUGUUAUAUAUUUGCAAUAUUCAAAAGUAAUAUGUAUUAAAUAUUGUUAACAAAAACUUGUUAAAAAAUAUAUUGAAGGAACUCAAGCAACUUAAUUGUUUCUCCUAAUAGUAAUUUAUAGAAUAUAUUGCAAUAAUCAAAGUUUUAAAAGUCACAGUUAUAGUGAACAAAUAUUUUUAUGAAAGGUAAUAUAACUGUACAUGCUGUAAAUAUAAUGGUUCUUGCAUUUUGUAAGUGAAUUAAGACAGUUGGAGACUUACAUUUCUUGAAAAACUGCCAUUUAAAUGAUUUUUUGCAAAAUUAAUGUCUUUUUUUUUUAGUGCCUAAAGAACAAAAUUACAAUAUACUUUUUUUUUUUUUUUUUCAUGAUGAAAAACUAACUUCCAAUUCCUUCACCUGAUCUAUAUCAUCAUGUAGUUGCUACUCAUGACAAAAGUUUGAUUAUUUAGCAACAAAAAAAAAACUUGUCAAUUGUUCGUUAAAUUAUAUUUAAUAUACUAUGCAGUUUUAUUACUAUUAAAUGUGAAGAGGAAUAACAUGUAAAUACACUUUUUAUCGUUCAAAUGUUUUAUGAAAUGUUCUGGGUCUAUACACUUUCUUAAAUCUACAUGAAUAAAAUGGAUAAUAAAUACGAGUGGAGAUUCCUAAAAGUUAUAACGAUAAUUUUUUAUGGUGCAGAAAUGCUUCAAUUGUAAAUAAUCUAUUUUAAUUAUACACUGUUUAUCUGUACAUUUAUAAAUGAAUUUAAUAAAGACAUAUUUAUAUAUUUUUAAUAACCUAAACACAUAUUUAUCAUUAUAUUGGAAUUCUAAAAAUCGAUACCCAAUUGUUGCUUAUGAAAUUAUUUUAUAUAAAAUUUUAUUCAUAUGAAUUUUUUAAGCAUUUAAAAUUUAUUUAUACAAAACAUUAGUUUUGAAAGGUGUUACAAAAACAAAAUUUUCAUUUUAUGUUGUAUAGUUUUCUAUCUUUGCAGCUAAUUGUUUCAUUUUUAUUUCUUUGUUUUGCAUGGUUACAUAAUAUUUUUUUUAUUUCUCCUAAUUGUGUGUUAUUUGUAAAGUGUUUUAUAGCAUUACUAUAUUGAUCUUUUGUGGUGCAUAUCAAACUUGUAUAAAAUACAAUAUAGAUUUACAAAAAAUAUUCAAAAUACUGCUGUGCUACAAUGGAGAACUUUAACAUAAUUAUUUAGCUUCAAACUGAUAUUGUGUACAGACUUAAUUACUUUUGGAUCUUGAAUAUUGUAGUGUUAUAUUGAUCCUAGUAUUAUUUAAUAAACUGACUUGAAUUUUAAAAAGUAAUUUUUGUUUAAUUAUUGGUAAAUGUUUUUAUUGAAUUAUUACAAGCACUUUUUGCAUGCCUUUUUUGCAUUUUUAAUGUGUGCAUGUUGCUCUAGACUUUUCUAAUCAAGCAAUUUAAGAAAAGAAAUUUUUACACUCGAUAACAAAUUAUUUGUUGGAAUUGUAGCAAGGGUGAUUGUAUCUCGGAAUUCUGCGUUUCACGUGAUUUCAGUAUCAAACAUCAAUUUUUGUAUUUACCUGCUUAAAAAGUUACGCAUUACGAUUCGUAGUCACUCAAUUUAAAAAUCGUACAUCGCGAUUCAUAUUCAAGCAAUUUAAAAAUCCAAUAUGGCGAUUUGUAUUCACAUGAGUUUAAAAUCCAAUGUCGUGAUUUAAAAACUACUCAUUGCGAUUCGUAUUCUCGCGAUAUAAAAAUCAUGCAUCAUGAUUCGUAUUUACGCGAUUUUUAAAAUUCAAUAUCAGAAGUUGUAUUUUCGUGUUUUUAAGUCUGAUAUCUCGAUUCAUAUUCACGUGAUUUUAAAAUCCAAUAUCGCGAUUCUUGUAAGAAGUAAUUUUUUUCUUUAAUUGGUUAUUAUAAAAAUCUGAUAUUCUUCAUUAGUAGGUAAUUUAACUAUAAAUGAUCUAAAAAUUAUGUUAAAUAUAUAUAUUGUUAUCUUAAUAUCGAUUUUUUUAACAUAAAAUUUUCAGGGUUUUUCACUUUGUGUCACAAUCACCUCUGUAUAUAUUUUUUUUUUCUUAAGAAGUUUUAUAAUUUUAAUGUACAAAAAUAUCCUAAGAAAACACUGGAAAAAUAUUUUGUAUUAAAUAUUGCUGUUAAAAGCGUAUUAACCUAUUUGUUUUUAGAAAUAUCUUCUAGUUAAAUUAAAUUACAUUUGUUUGGAUCUCUCUGUGCAUGCAUGAAAUUACUCAUCACACCAUGAGCAUACCUUAUAACAGCUUUUGAAACAAGUGGAUGGUAACAGCUUGUGGAAGUGGAUGAUUAUUCAGAAAUAAGCAUGUUUAUUUAAGAUAUUUUACUAUUUAAAUUAUCAAUAAAGAUUUCCCUUACUACUGUUUA